AUGUCCAGCACACGAUGCACAUGCGAACAAGGCGUCUAGCAUAGGUCGCCUGAGCGGUUUCCAGGAGACCGCUGUGCUUGCGAUCCUCCGGAACGCGGCCGGGGCCUUGAGCGACUUGGUGGAGACCGGCGAGAGUGGGCCUUUCGGCCGCAGCUCUCCGGACGGGAGUGAAGAGGCCGAGUUGGGGGCGUCCCCUUUGAAAGAAGGAGCAAAGAAAGAGGCAAAGAAAGAGUCAAAGAAAGAACCAAAAGAGGCUGAGCAAGAGGUACCAAAGACUGAAAAGACUGAGGACAACACCGAUAAGAAAGCUAAAGUCCCGAAAAAAGAAAAGAAGAAUCGCCGCAGAGGAGAGAAGUCAGAGAAGAAGAAGAAAAAGACAAAGAGCCAGUUGGGCCAGAGAGAGAGCCCUGAACGCGGGGAGGACAGGAAAGAGGAGGAAUCAAAGCGGGGUGAAGCCCUGGAAUCAAGAGGCAGUAGGAGCCAGAGACCUUCAGAGCCUGGGGGAGAACCUCCGGAGAGAAGGGACUACGAAGACAGGCAUUGCUACGAGGACAGGCAUUACUACGACUACGGGGACUACAAUCGGGGUAGGCUUCAGCGCAAAGAGAUCGUCGUUGGGAAGGCUCAGCGCUUUCACAGGGACGACAAGGUUGAGGAGACGGGGCGUUUAUGCCCUGGGCCGGUGAAAAAGGAAGGUGAUCGAACAGAGGAUUUGCCUUAUGAGGGAGUACGGAACCGGGCUCCCGGGCAGAGAUGGAGGAGGCACCUUUCGACCAGGGCUGCGCAGCCGGCAUUGGCAGGGGAGGUGCCCCCAGCCGAUAUCUGUAGCCGGGGUGGCUGUGACAACGAUCUUUUAUUUUACGCCGUGGUGUGUGCGAAUCGUUUCAUCGUGAAGUUGAAGGUCUGGCUUGGCACCUUGGACCGGGUCUUGGGCAAUUUCCUCAUUAGUCUGGGGUCAAGAGAUAGUAGAUGGACAUUCUCAAGGGUGAUUGCGCUGCCGGCAUCUGAAAUUUUUGAUGUGACUAUGCGCUGGGUGGCGCUGCACGUGCAACUGAAUGCAGUCAAGUGGAGCCCUUCUUUUCAAUACUUGAGGAAGUUCAAGGAGCCAGCGCAGAGGGCAGGGCCUCCUAGCUGCAGGGGGCUGCCAGGUUUGGGAUUUAGCCUAUACGAGGACAACAUGAGCAAAGCAGUGGCGCCUCACAGCAAGGGCAGGGCAGGUGGACUAGCUAUUCUUUAUGUUCUAGAAGUCCAGGCUUUACGGGGCUUGAUCCCUGCGCCUGUGGUGGAUCAGGUGUAUAGCUCAAUGGAAGAAUAUGGUGGCGAUGUGGCAAGUCUGAGUUUGGCCGGGUCCCAGAACAUGUCUGCAGCGAUCUACUUAGUACUGGACUUUUGCUAUUUGGAAUACGUUCAAAGGAUCCACGCCGGCUCGAUCGCUUUCCUUGGAGCUCAAGAUCGCUCAACGGGGCAUUACAGUCCCUAUGACAGGAUCGUCAAUGUGGUGGUGAUGGCAUGGUCGCACUUGAUGCAGAAGGAAGAACGAGCCCAUGGCGCCUUUGAUCUACAGCACUUCGGGGCAGCUGCGUUAGGUAGCGCCCGCAUGAAGUUCGAGACUCGCGCGUGUCCGAGCAGACUCCGCUUAGUUGGAUACGGCUUGAGAAAGAACAAGAAGAACAAGAAGAACAAGAAGAACAAGAAGAACAAGAAGAACAAGAAGAACAAGAAGAACAAGAAGAACAAGAAGAACAAGAAGAACAAGAAGAACAAGAAGAACAAGAAGAACAAGAAGAACAAGAAGAACAAGAAGAACAAGAAGAACAAGAAGAAGAAGAACAAGAAGAACAAGAAGAAGAAGAAAACGAAGAAGAAGAAGAAGAAGAAAAAGAAGAAGAAGAAGAAGAAUAA